AUGCUCGCACGAGCUGCCCGACGCAAAAUCCAUCCUCGAGCAAUCCGAACCCAAGCUCAAGCCUCCCUCGAGCAACUAUGUCUUCCCUGGCUGUGCCCGGUCCGCAAUGCCAUAACGAUACCUGCGUACCGGCAACGGCAAAGAUGGAUCUCAACCGAUGCUGCUUCGCAAAAGCCCGAGUUAAGGAGACGGAGGAACUCGAGCAGCGCGGCGGCCGCGCCACCAAGACGGACAAUGGCCACUGCCGUUGAUAAUAUGCCAUUAGACGACAUUCCAUUUGAGGGGUUGGGCAUUUACCGCCAGCCUAGUAGCCACAGCUAUAUUGGAAUUAAUGGCUUGUCGAAUCUGGGGUAUACGAAUCACUUGGAUCCGUACGAGAACGGUUUAGCAAAUUCCGAGCAACGCAUCAGGGCAAAUAAAUCAGGGAUAUCGGGUGAUAUAUCAGAGGUUCUAUCGGUAUAUUAUGCCUGUCUCCAGGUUGGGAGGCUUGAGCGCGCAGCGGUUAUCCUUCGGCGGGUAUUACAGAAAGUGGAAGCGGAUACGGACGAGAUAGUUGCUCUACACAAUCAAUACCUCCGCGCUUCGGUCGAGCAAAUAAUGCUCUCCCCCAGCGAAUCGGCACGGCAAUCCAUCCACAAAUGGUUCGAGCUCGAAAUAAGGCUGAAGGGCAUCCCGCACAAUGCUGAAAUGGUUGCGUACAUGUUAAAGGCGUCACUCCAAUCACCAGAUGAUGCGACCGGCGGAAAUAGAAACAGACUUGUCCACCGGUACAUGGGGAUGGUUGAGGGCCAAGCAGGGUUGGACGUAUUGGGAUUGAAUAUCUUGACUGCGGGGGAACUGAAUCAGAUCAAUCAUAUCUGCCCGAAAUACAACUUGGCCGAAGGAUUUGAAGAGGAUUUUGAGGACGAUUUUGUCGAUUCCGGUCAUGUUUCACCAGAGCCAUCGGGUAAGGAAGCGCUUCUUCCCGGUGUCCGUCCUACUGGGCAGAAAGGGCUGGGUUUGAAGGCGUUAAAAAAGGCACUUUCAUUGUUUUCCGCCAAACCUGGCGAAGGACUCGGCAUGGCUAGUAAGAGUCCCGAAGAAAGACGACAAGUUCAAGAACAGCUUGAGGAAGAUGCAGUAGGCUCUGCAGUCGAACGUUGGAGGGAAGAGGAUGCAGCCAUGAAAAAGAUGGGAAUGGACUCGGCAAUGCAGUCAAAGUCUAUAGGUGCCAGGAUGUGGAAUUGGCAAUUAGGUUUGGAGAAAUACUUGGAGGAAGAAAUUGCUAGGGUCGAAAUCGCAGAAGCAGGGGAGGUAUUGAACGAUGCGGACGAGGAACGUUGUCUCUACGGGCCGUUUCUGCGAAUCCUUCCUACUGAUAAACUCGCUGCUGUGACUAUCCUUACAACGAUGAGCCAACUGGGCAUGGCUGGAGCGGAUAGAGGCCUGGUUCUCUCUCGCAUCAUUUUAAAGCUUGCCGGCGCUGCCGAAGAUGAAAGCGUCUUUGAGGCCAUCCAGCAAAACAUCAAAAAGGGUGUUUGGUCAAAAAAAGCCGUCGAGCGCCUCGACAUAGAAAAUCUAAAGAAGUUGUCACGAAAUCGGGGUGGUGGCUUCGCAAGCACAGUGGUAAAUGAGGUAUGGAUGGGAAAGGGCAAGCAAGACGAGGAGAAAAUGACACCCUUCGUUUGGAAACAAUGGCCUUUGGCCAUAAAGGCGAAAGUGGGUGCAUUUCUAAUGUCUGCCCUGAUUGAAGUUGCUAUGUUUCCUGUGGAGGUGCAACACGCAGUAACCCAUCGGCCGAUGUCGCAGCUUCAACCUGCCUUUGCACAUGCAUUCCAGUAUAGAAUGGGCAAGAAGUUUGGCGUUGUUGUCGCCAGCAAAGCCAUGGUGGAAGGGCUGAAGCGGGAACCCGUUCACAGUCUGCUUGCAAAGCAUCUUCCGAUGGUCGUCGAACCAGAGCCUUGGACCCUCUUCAACAAAGGUGGAUUCCUUGUACAUCCGGGGAAGUUGAUGCGGGUUAAGCAAGGUGACAGUGAUCAAAGGUUCUAUGCCGAAGCCGCCAUCGGACAAGGCGAUAUGGUUGAACUGUGCGAGGGGUUGGAUGUGCUUGGCAAGACAGAAUGGAGGAUCAACCAGCCAGUCUUCGAAGUUAUGCUGGAGGCCUGGAAUAGUGGAGAGGCCAUUGGCAACAUCUCGCCUGAAAAUCCGAAGCUAGAGAUACCACCGGAGCCGGAGGCUUCCUCAGAUCCACUCAUACGACGCCGCUGGAUGCGAGCAGUAAAAGCCAUAGAGAACCAACGGACAGGUCUACACUCGCAGCGAUGUUUCCAAAACUUUCAACUCGAGAUCGCGAGAGCACUAAGAACCGAGUCGUUCUACUUCCCUCACAAUAUAGAUUUUCGAGGACGCGCUUAUCCCAUACCACCUUACCUAAACCACAUGGGGGCAGAUCAUUGCAGAGGUCUUUUAAGGUUCGGCAAAGGAAGAGAGCUUGGCGAAAGUGGUCUCAGGUGGCUCAAGGUCCAUCUAUCUAAUGUAUUCGGAUUCGACAAGGCUAGUCUCAAGGACCGUGAAGAUUUCGCUGACGACCACAUGGGAGACAUAUAUGACUCCGCCUUAAAUCCUUUGAAUGGGAAAAGAUGGUGGCUGAAGGCGGAAGAUCCAUGGCAAUGUCUGGCUGUUUGCAUAGAACUGAGAAACGCCGUCGAAUCUCCGGACCCGACUCGGUUCAUAUCUCACCUGCCAGUUCACCAAGAUGGGACCUGCAACGGAUUGCAGCAUUAUGCAGCCUUAGGCGGUGACAUUUGGGGCGCCAAACAAGUCAAUCUUGAGCCUGGCGACCGGCCUGCUGAUGUUUAUACUGCAGUUGCCGACAUGGUCAUGGAGGGUGUAGCCCGAGAUAAGCUCAAAGGAGACCCAUUUGCCCUUGUACUCGAUGGAAAAAUUACUCGCAAGACGGUUAAGCAAACGGUCAUGACAAAUGUUUACGGCGUUACCUUUAUUGGGGCAAGAGAUCAGGUCAAGAAGCAGCUUGUUGCGGCCUAUCCUGACCUCCCAAACGGGACUGUCGUAAACCCUCUAUCGCUAUCAUCGUACAUUGCGAAGAACAUUUUUACAGCUCUCGGCAACAUGUUCCGAGGUGCCCACGACAUUCAAUACUGGUUCGGAGAGUGUGCUAGUAGGAUAUCAACGUCCUUGACGCAAUUGGAGAUGGAUAGGAUCUGUCAUGAAUGGCCAGGCUUGUCCGACCCGGAUGCUAAGUCUCGGGGUAAGUCGUUGAACAAAAUCGACGACUGGGCGCAGUUCAAAUCCACAGUCAUAUGGACCACUCCUCUGAACAUGCCAGUUGUACAACCGUAUCGAUCCUCCAAGUCGAAGACUGUCUCAACGAACAUGCAAAACGUCUCGCUUUCACAGCCUCACCGGACCCACCCGGUUAGCAAACGGAAACAACUCCAGGGCUUCCCACCGAACUUCAUCCACUCUCUAGACGCGACACACAUGCUCCUCUCGGCACUCAAGUGCGAUGAAAUCGGGCUCUCAUUUGCUGCAGUCCACGACUCAUUCUGGACGCAUGCUGCGGACAUCGAGAAAAUGAACACUAUUUUAAGAGAUUCUUUUAUCAAAAUCCACAGUGAAGAUGUCAUCGGACGCUUGGCGGCUGAAUUUAACGCGCGAUAUAAGGGUUCCAUGUAUCUUGCCCAUGUCCGCAAAAAUUCGCCUGUGGGGGAAAAGAUUUUUAAAUGGCGGAAAGAAAGAGCAAAGCUGGAUAGGGCAACAUCAAUCCGUGCCGGGAAAACAAAAUUGCCAAAAGCCCCCAAACUUUCGGAGCUAGUUCUGGAACUAAAACGCCAAAAACUAAUAAAUUCAUCAGACCCCAAUGAGGUUGAGGAAGGUAAGAAUAUGACGACGCCUACAACCAUCUUUGCGGAAUUAUCUGCAGAGGCAGAUCUGGCUCCCGAGCCUGAGUUAGAUGAGGUUGCCAUUGGAAGGAUCACUGGAGAGCCGUCACAGCGCGCUACUGCCUCGGAUGGUGAAGUAACUGAUCCCGUUAUCGAUGAGGAGCAAAGCGAUUUGUCGUCCGGCACUACCCAAACAGAUGUUGCUCUAGAUGAGGACAAUGAGGAUGUCGGACGGACCUCCGAGGCACCAGAAGAUCCUUUGUCGACAUUUGAGAAGCACCUGGCAAAGGGGGGAGGGGCCCGGUCCAUACAGAUACCUGUCUGGCUUCCUUUGACUUUUCCUCCUGUUCCCAAAAAGGGGGAGUUUGAUGUCUCGCGACUCAAGGACAGCCAGUACUUCUUUUCGUGA